AUGGCUCAACGUGUUACUUUCAGAAGAAGAAACCCAUACAACACCAAGUCCAACAAGAUCAAGGUUGUUAAGACCCCAGGCGGUGUCUUGCGUGCGCAGCACGUCAAGAAGUUGGCCACCAGACCUAAGUGUGGUGACUGCGGCAUCGCCUUGGCUGGUAUUUCCUCUUUGAGACCAAGACAGUACGCAUCCGUGUCCAAGACCCACAAGACUGUCUCCAGACCAUACGGUGGCUCCAGAUGUGCCAACUGUGUCAAGCAGAGAAUCGUGAGAGCUUUCUUGAUCGAGGAGCAGAAGAUCGUCAAGAAGGUCGUCAAGGAGCAAGCCGAGGCUGCCAAGAAGGCCGAGAAGAAGCAAUCCAAGAAGGGCAAGAAGAACUAA